CGGCUCCGGCGCUGUCAGUGUCCAGUGCUGGAGGGACGCGCGGCGGGCGGCUCGGAGGUGGAGGCACUGGUUCCGUUCCUCCGGCCCAGGGAAAGGGAGCGGCGGAGCCAAAAGCGAAGGCUGUCUGGACGAACGGUCCGAGGGGCAGGGGUGGUCUGGGGGCUGAGCUGGGAGCUGGAGCCAGAGAAGGAGCCGGAGAAGGAGCCGGGUGCGCCUGGGGCGCACGCAGAGAGAGGCGCUGACCGCGCGAAGGAACUGAGCAGGAGCGGAGCAGCCAGCGCCCGGGGAGGCUGGCGGGGCGGGCGCGGGGCUGCCGGGGAUGUGAGCCCGCAGAGCCCCCGGAGCCGGGACCGGAGCCAGCGCGCCCCGGGGGCGAUGUGAGUCCCGCGGCCGGGAGCCCGAGCCCGAGCCUGAACCGGAGCGGGCGCGACGCGAUGGUGCGGGGCGCUCCCCGGGGGCUGGGGCCGCCGCUACUGCUGCUCAUGCUGUGGCUGCAGGGCCGGGGGGGCAGCGCGGCGCCCGCGCCCCGGACGGAGGAACUGAGCCUGGGAGUGGAGUGGCUGAGUCGGUUUGGUUACCUGCCCCCGCCAGAUCCCGUGACAGGGCAGCUGCAGACACAGGAGGAGCUGACCAAGGCCAUUGCAGCUAUGCAACGGUUUGGGGGCUUGGAGGCCACCGGUGUCCUCGAUGAGGCCACCCUACAGCUGAUGAAGACACCACGCUGCUCACUGCCUGACCUGGCUAUCCCUGAGACCCGAAGGAAGCGGAACACCCCCGCCCUAACCAAAUGGAACAAGAGAAAUCUGUCCUGGAGGGUCCGUACAUUCCCACGGGAUUCCUCACUGGGCCGGGACACGGUCCGGGCACUCAUGUACUAUGCCCUCAAGGUGUGGAGUGACAUCACACCGCUCAACUUCCACGAGGUAGCAGGUAGCAACGCUGACAUCCAGAUCGACUUCUCCAAGGCGGACCACAAUGAUGGCUACCCUUUUGAUGGUCCUGGGGGCACUGUGGCCCAUGCCUUCUUUCCCGGAGACCACCACACCGCUGGAGACACCCACUUCGAUGAUGAUGAAGCCUGGACGUUCCGAUCCUCAGAUGCUCAUGGGACGGAUCUCUUUGCGGUGGCUGUCCAUGAGUUUGGCCAUGCCAUCGGGCUCACCCACAUCUCAGCUAUACAGUCCAUCAUGAGACCCUAUUAUCAGGGUCCCGUGGGCGACCCCCUGAAAUAUGACCUGCCCUACGAGGACAAAGUCCGCAUCUGGCAACUGUACGGUGUCCGGGAGUCAGUCUCUCCUACGGCCAAGCCAGAGGUCACCGAGACUGAGGAUCAUCCCUUUCUCCCAGAGCUCCCAGACAACCGCACCACCAUACCGGUAAGGAAGGACGUACCCCAUCGGUGCACUGCUAACUUUGAUGCCGUGGCCCAGAUCCGAGGGGAAGCCUUCUUCUUCAAAGGCAAGUAUUUCUGGAGGCUGACCCGGGACAGGCACCUGGUUUCUCUACAGCCUGCCCAGAUCCACCGUUUCUGGAGGGGUCUCCCGCUCCACCUGGAUAGUGUGGAUGCUGUCUAUGAGAGAACCAGUGACCAUAAAAUUGUCUUCUUUAAAGGAGACAGAUACUGGGUCUUUAAAGACAAUAACGUUGAGGAAGGAUACCCUCGGCCUGUCUCCGACUUCAGCCUCCCGCCAGGCGGCAUCGAUGCCGCCUUCUCCUGGGCCCACAAUGACAAGACUUAUUUCUUUAAGGACCAUCUGUACUGGCGCUAUGAUGACCAUGCUCGGAGGAUGGACCCCGGGUACCCCGCAGAGAGCCCUCUGUGGAGGGGGAUCCCCAGCAUCCUGGAUGAUGCCAUGCGCUGGUCCGAUGGGGCCUCGUAUUUCUUCAGGGGCAAAGACUACUGGAAAGUACUAGACAGUGAGCUGGAGGCCGCACCUGGCUACCCACAGUCCACUGCCAAGGACUGGCUGGUGUGCGGCGACGUUCAGGCCGAUGGCCCUGAGAAUGAAGUCAGAGCUGAGGGAGCCAGGACUGGGGCCCGCUCGAGGCCCGGCCAGCAUGACGAGAGCCGCUCGGACAGCGGCUAUGAGGUCUGCUCCUGCACAUCCACUGCAUCCUCUUCGGGGCACAUCUCCGAGCUGCUCACGGCCCAGCUGGCACUGACCAGCCUCUGGACAGCAGCCCUGAUGGCCGCCACAGUGCUAUGACACCACUGAAGCUGGGCUGGGAGAGGGAAGAGCUGGGGUCCCCCCCCACCCCCGCUCCCCGCCAGGGACCACUCACAGCCAACACUAUGGACAGGGAUUCCCCCUCCUCCUCCCAGGGCUGGUGAGAGAUUCUCCAGGAGAAAAUGGCGCCGUUUGGAGUUGCAAUCAACUCUCUUCUUUUAACUCAGCCUUGAAGCUAAAGAUGAGGCCUCUAUCAACCCCUGGUCCAAAGCUCUUCCAUCUAUCCUGGCCUCACCGAAACAGGAGGCCCCUGGAACAGGCCGGGGUGGGGCAGGGUGGGAAACAGCAAGCAACACAAUCGUCUUCCUCCUUCCUGGAGGGGCUGGUCAGACUCUGGCUAGGUGGUCAGUAAAUCUUCAGAGCUAUUAGACACAGGAAGAGGUAUGGGAGAGGCCCUUAACUCACUCUUCCAAGCCCCAGAGCCCAGGAAGCUGCCUCUACCAGGAAAACCAAUCUCACUCGACAUAUUUUACCCAUAACCCUCUAUCUGAAGCAAAAGGCCCCACUGUCUGGGCCCCUUCCUGGGCAGUGAUCAUCUCUUCCCUCAGGGAAAGGGAACCCCCAGGCAAACACACUCCAUUAUCCCCCCAAGGAGUCUUCCCAUUCUCAUCUGAGUGGCAGGAAGCAUCAGUAAGCUCAUCCCAUCUCCCCAAAUGGCCAUCUUAACCUCACAGUUCAGAUGGGAGAACAGGGUAGAAACACAACUUGCUAUUCACCUUUUAUUUGGAAACACCCAAAUCUUUGCAGUCAGAGUGUCCCCAGGUUCCAAGACAGCCUUAUCCCUGGAAUUUUCCCACCUGAGAGGCAUAGGCUCCAUGGGAUAGAAUCCGGCCAGGAAGACGCACCGAUCAAAGAACAGCUCAAUCCCACAGGAGGUGAGGAGUGGUUUGGCCCCUGCUAAAAAUGGCUGGUCUGGCUCUGAGGCCCAUCUCUCCCAGGGGAGACAGGACGCGACGUCCCCCACACUUGGCCAUCUCUCCACCUUCAGCAGAAACUUCCCAAAGGGCGGGCGAGGGGUGAGCAGUUGGUUGGGCAGUCUUCAAGAGGCACACAUCUGGGGAUGGCCUCAUUGUCUCUGUGUGUGCUAUUUGAAUCAAACACAAUCUCUUCCUGCUUUGUAUACAGCUCUGGUGUCUGACUUUCUUGCCGUGUAGACUCAUCCUGCUUCUCGAUUUGUCAGCCCUGAGUGUGUCUGUGUUUCUGAACUCAGGUCUCUUCUGGCUCCAAGUCCAGGAAUAUAACUACUGCCCCACCCAGCCACCCCUCCCUGGGAAGUCUGUAACCUUGGGAUGAGUCUCCAACUGGAGGGUGGGCGUUGACUCUAGGGAACAUCAAACACUUUCUAGGUAUGUUCAUCUGGACAGAUCACUUCUCCCUGUACCUCAGUUCCCUCAUCUGUAAAAUGAAGGGGUUGUACAACAUGACUUCUAAGGUCCUUUCUAUCUCUAUGUCUAUGAUCCACCAGUGCUCAAAGUGGGAUGCCUUUUUGGAGGGUCUGCAAGGUCAAAACUAUUUUUACAAUAAAUAUUGAUGUUUUAAUUUCUAAUGCAAUGCAUAUUGAUAGAUAUAGCCCACAUAGACAAAAGCUCUUGGGUUAGAGGGGGAUCCUCAAUCACUUUUUUGUUUU